AUGAAUUUCCUCAAUUUUAAGUCAUUUCUGUUCAAAAAAUCUUAAAUUUUGAUUUAUGACAUUUUUAAGGUAUCCUAUUUUACAUCAAUAUAAUUUAGUUUAUUUUUCAAUUACGAAGAUUGUCAGAUUGGUUGUUGAUUGUAAUUAUCAACUCAAUCAUAAAGGCUAUAAAGAAUGCCAGAUCUUACUUAAAAGAUGAAGUAUUUUAAACACGGCUACUAACUGAUCAACAAUAGCCUUGUAGAGGGGAAAAGUGUAAGAAUGGCCUUCAUUUGCAGAAAUGCUAAAUUUGGGAAACAGUGAGUCCUCAAUUCGGUUGUGCGAGAAUGCAACUCACAUAAAAAAUGUUUGUGAGUAUAGACUCUCUAGUGCAAUAUUAUCAUUUAUUGAUCAUUGAUUAUUCAAUAUAAAUGAAGAAAAUAGUUUAUUGUCUAAUCCUUUUAGAACUUUACUUAAUUUUACAACAAUAUAUUUUAGUAUUUUAUGAUACUGGUAGAAUCUAAUAAUUUUUCGAUCUUAUAUGUCUUUAUUGCUUUGCCAUCGAAAAUAUUCAGGAUUAUCAACAAUUUUUUAAUUAUUAGAUUAGCAAGUUCUAUUUAUUUGAAUUAUAAAUUUAAUUAAUUCUUUACUCAUUUUUUAUAUUUAUUUAUGUUUAUUUAAAUUCUUACUAUCAUAUUUUCAUAGUUUGUAUAUGUAAAAUCACAAUGGACAGCCUUUGUCUGUUUUUUAUAUUUUGAUUAGGAAUUUACUCAAAACUCGGGGGGAUUGGCACCUUACAAAUCCGGAGGAUUUUUAUUGCCUUCAAGCUAAACAACAGCAAAUUUUAUCAGUUGUACGACCCCUUAAACAAGCUAUAUUACUUUAAAUAAUCUAUAUUUAAGUGCUGAAUAUUUUAAUUCUUUUAGUUUGUAAGGUGAGAAUUGGAUAUCUAUGGAUUUAUAUUUUCAGAGUACAUGGCCCUCUUCAAAUAUUGAAUUUAAGUUUGGAUCAUUUUCUUACAUAUAUACCUAUACUUCCCCAUCCACUUAUCCAUUAACAGGGGGAUUUUGUGAUAGUUAUUCUUAUGAAGUUAAAACUGUGAAUUUUACAUAUACUGUUACAGGAACAACCAUUCAAGAAAAUUUUUAAAUUAAAUCCUAUAAUACAAAUUCUGGACAAGUAUCAUUUAGAAACUUGUAUUUCUCCAAAAUACAAUGCUAUCCAUCGUGUAAGUUGUGCACAGGUCCUAAUUAUAAUCAAUGUUCAAGUUGCUAUUAUGGAGUACCGACAAAUAACAUUUGUCCACCUUGUGGAUUAAAUUAGUUCUAUUGGAAGUACUAAGGAUGCUAUAACAUUUGUUAAAUUGAUUCUCCAUUUUUAAAAAAUGGAUUUUGUUAACAAUAUCCAAGUAUAAUUUUAUUUAAUAUGUCUUAGUUUCUACAAUAGAAUCUGCUUAUUCGAGCAAUUAGAUACAGGCUUUGAGAUGGUAAAUUAUAUAUGACCCACAGCAUCUAGAGACAAAUUAUACUUUAAAUUAUUAAUAUGUAUAUGGAGUAUUUAGGUUUAAUUCUGGUAUCAAUAGAUAUAUGGAUGGUUUACCUAAAUAUUCUUAUUAGACUUAUUUGGUUGGGCUGGUAAUUACAAUCAUGACUUAUAAUGAAAUUCCACUUAAUUGUGGAAUAUAGUUUAAGAUUAAUAAUACUUAUUAUGGAUCUAUUUAUAGGAAUGCUUCUGGAAUUCAAACCCAUAGAGUCAAAAUAUCUCAAAUUACUGGCUCUGGAUCAUACCUUUCGUAUUCCUCGAGUAAUUUGUAUUAAAUUAUUACAUAUGUUGACAUUCCUAAAUACUCAUUUGUAUUUUCAGUUGUAGGAAAUUACACGUAAUUAUUAAUUUAUCUAACUUAGUGUUGACACAGCAGGAUGGGGAAUGUAUGGAGUCUAAGUAACGUCAGGAUAUUGUUCUAAUUUGUGCUAAUUGUGUGAAGUAUCGUUUAAAUGUAUAACUUGUUAAAGUGGAUACUAUUUUUAUCGCGAUGGUAGUUGUACAUCUAGUUGCUAAAAUCCUUAUUAAAGACUGGCUGGCUCUUAUUGUUAUGAUUACGAUGACGAAACACCUUGUAUUACAUAAAUAAUAAUUAGACUCCUCAUAUUUGAUUAAGGAAAAUAUAAAUGCUGCUGGUGACCCUGAAUAAUAUUCAAAGUAUACUUUAAUUUCUCAAAUUGGAUAAAACUUUUUGAAAGGAUCGGAUAUCUAUUUUUCAUUUUAUAAAUAUUAAAGACUCUUUGGAGGACCUUAUGUAUGGGCAUAAGCAAAAUUCUAAAGGGUUUUUACAAUUCCAUCUCCUCAUCAUAGUGUCACAAUAGCAUUUUAUAUUUUAUAUGGGCCAUAUUUCCCUUAAGAUGGACAAUUUAUAUAUACAAUUGAGAAUAAUGUACCAGUUAUUAAAUCAACUGCAAUUUUUUAUUCAACUUAUUAUGAUGCAAAAUACGACAAAGUAUAUGAAAAACUCAAUCAUAAUGCAAGUACAUUAACAAUCACUUGGGAAUGCUUUGGACCAAAUAAUGAACCAAUAGAUGCAUUUUGUGGAGUCUAUAAUUAUUAUAUUGCCGUUCAUAAUUGCUAACCUUAUUGUUUAUAAUGUUCAGAUUAAUCUACAUGCACUUAAUGGAACAGCACUUAUGAUUCUAAUAUCGUUAAAUUUUCUUAAGCAGACUGUUUGAUUAACCAAUAUCAUGAUAAAGAAUCUGUAAGAUGCUUAGAAUGUCCAUAAUCCUGUUUAACAUGUACAUCUAAAUUAGAUUGUUAAACAUGCAAACCGACUUAUACCUAAUCUAAAUUAGGAUGCAUUUGCAGAAUGAAUCAAUAUGAAGAUUCAAAUCAAUGUUUUGAUUGUCCAAUUGAAUGCAAUUAAUGUGUAACUCCUACUGAAUGUAUAGAAUGUUUAAUUUCUAAUAAUAGAAAAUUAUCAAAUGGUUAAUGCAAUUGCAUUGAUGGGUAUUAUCAUAUUUCAUAUAAUCCUUAAUGUUAGAAAUGUCAUUCAUUUUGUAAAACUUGUACUGGGCCAACAUCUUCUGAGUGCUUAACUUGCAAUAAUAUUGUUAAUAUUGAACAAGUAGGAUCUAUUUGUAGAUGUCAAGCGGGAUUUUCUUAUUAAGAUGCAACAAAUAGUUGUUCUUCUUGCCAUUCAUCAUGCGAAACAUGUUUUGGAUCCACAUAUAAUGGCUGUUUAACAUGCAAUCCUACUUUACAUAGAAUAUUAAAAGGAUUAGAAUGUGUAUGUUCACCUGGUUAUUAUGAAUUAAAUAAUAUUUGUACAAGUAUAUUUAAUAAUCAUAUUAUAGAUUGCCCUGUUGCAGAAUAGACAUCUCUAAGUUAAUGUUAUAAACUUUGCUAAAACAAUCAAUAUAUAUGGCAAACUAUUAAUUGUAGUUCUUGCGAUUCUGGAUUUUAAUUAGUAUCAGGGUAAUGUCAACCCAUUUGUGGAGAUUCAUUAAUAAAAGGAUAUGAAUAAUGCGAAGAUAAUAAUACAAACCUUAAUGAUUUAUGUUAUAAUUGUUAAUAUCAAUGUCAAGCUCAUUGUUUAACUUGUAAUUAAUCUACAACCCUGCCUUGUCCUGAUAUUUGUGGAGAUGGAAUUAUAUCAGGAAUCGAAGAAUGUGAAGAUGGAAAUAUUACUGAAUAUGAUGGAUGUUUUAAUUGUAAAUAUUAAUGUUAACCUUAAUGUACAAAGUGCAUAUAAGGAUAAUGUUUUGAGUGUGCAACUGGUGGUUGGCAAGUUGAUACUACAGUAACUCCUUGGUAAUGCAAACAAAUUUGUGGAGAUAUGAUAUUAGUUGGAAGUGAAUAAUGUGAUGACGGAAACUCUUCUGAUACAGAUGGUUGCAAAGAUUGUAUGUAUUUCUGUAGACUUGGUUGUUCUUCUUGUGAUUAUUCAACUAACACAUGCUUAAAUUGUAAUUUGUCUGGCUUAGUUCCUUAUUCUUACUAUUGUAAAAAUAUAUGCGGAGAUGGCAUAGUCGCAAUUGAUCCUUCUGGGUUUUUUACAGAGUAAUGCGAUGAUGGAAAUACUAUUAAUUAUGAUGGUUGCAGUAGUACCUGUGAAUUUUAGUGUUAAAACUCAUCUAUUUGCACUAAUUGCAUUGAUUAUAAAUGUGAAGCAUGUGCUGUUGGAUACACUCUUUCGAGUCAAAAAAUAUGCAUACCGAUUUGUGGGGAUUUGCAGAUUGUAGAAUUUGAAUAAUGUGAGCUAACAUUUAUACUCCCAUACAAAGGUUGUUAAAAUUGCUUAGCCAAAUGUCAAAAUUCUUGUCUAACGUGUGAUAAUUCUGGGCUUGGCUGUCUAGCAUGCUAAACUGGUUACACACGUAUUGAUUAUUUAUGUUAUUCAAUCUGUGGAGAUGAAAUAGUAACCUAAGAUGAAGAAUGUGAUGAUGGUAAUUUAAUUAUUGGAGAUGGAUGUCAUUUCUGUAAAUUUAGUUGCUAGGAUUCAUGCCUUUAUUGUCUUAAAGGAAUCUGUAAUUACUGCUAAGAAGGUUAUCAAUUAAUACAAUCUAAGUGUUACUCAAUAUGUGGAGAUGGUGUUUAAAAAUAUAAUGAACAAUGUGAUAUAGUAACUUCAUUGGAAACUUAUCAAAAUUGCUAAUCUUGUAAAUUUACUUGUGAUUUGAAUUGCCUCUCGUGUUAAUUUGGUAUUUGUUAACAAUGCAAAGAUGGAUAUUAACUAUCUUCGAAUAAAUGGCAUUGUGUUAAAUCAAUAUAAUAGAAUCCUAUAAUAAUUGAAAACUGUAAUAUCUAAAUUGAGGAUAGUUGUGUUUAGUGUAAAGGUUAUGCCUACUUUGAAAAAGGUGAGUAAAAUUGCAAGUUAAAAGCAGCACCAUUAAGUUUUUGCCAAUAUCAUCUUAGAUUAUCUCCAGAGUUAUAUUGCAGUUAAUGUUUUGAUUACUGUGAGUCUUGUAAUGAAAACAAUUGUCUCAAUUGUUAAAGAGGCUAUUAUUUGGAUGAAAAUUAUUCUUGUGUUUCAUUAUGUGGAGAUGGCAUAAUAGCAUAGGAGGAAGAUUGCGAUUUUGGAAGUGAAUAAGAAAUAGAUACUUGUUUAAAUUGUAGCUUCUAAUGUCCUCAAUAUUGUAUGUCUUGCGUUUAUGGUGUUUGUUAUCAAUGCUUAGUAGGAUUUUAUUUGAAUAAUUUGAAUAAUUAAUGUACUUCUGUUUGUGGUGAUAGUAUAUUAGCGAAUGAUGAAGCUUGUGAUAUUGGCAAUGAAUUAGGAUAUGAUGGUUGUGUUUAGUGUUAAUAUAAAUGUCAAGAUGAGUGUUUGGAUUGCUAAUUGGGAAAAUGCAUGUUAUGUGAACUUCCUCUAAUACUAUUAAAAAGUAAGUGUGAAGAGAUUAAGUAAUGUGAAGGUUUAAUUGGAUUGUAUUAUGAUAAUGAUAGUAAUGAUUGUUUACCAUUCUGUGGAGACGAAAUUGUGGCAGGUAAUGAAGAUUGUGAAGAUUUCAAUAAUCUACCUGAUGAUGGAUGUUAUGAAUGCAAAUUUUAAUGCUCAAAAGAUUGUGAGGAAUGUUUAGAUAGAGUAUGCAUUAAAUGCAAAACAGAUUAUUAAUUAAAUAAUUAUCAAUGCUUGUUAGAUAAAUCAAAUGAUAAUCUUAAUUCUAGCAUUAUAGAAGAGCCUAAAGAUGACGAUCUCGAUCCUAACAUAAUAAUAGAAAAUUAAAAUAAUGGUACAAGUACUGAUAGUACAAAAUUAGAAUAGAGUUUAUGGAAAGAAAAUAAAAUAUGCCGAGGAGAUUAAUGUGUAUAUUCUAAAAAAGCCAUCAUGUAACUGACUUACAUUAAAUAAUUAUAUGCUCUAUAAUAUGUUGAUAUUACAUUUGACUAAGAAGUAAAAAUUCAGGAUAAUAUUUUAAAAGACCAAACACUAUUUAAUAUUUCCCUCUAAGAUUUAGAUUCCUAGUAUUAUAACAUUACUAUAAAUCCAAUUUAAGAUAUUUCGUUCGAUCUUUAAUAUGCUUAGUAUUAGGUUGAGAUUGAAAUAUUUUAACAGCUUUCAAAAAAUCCUGUUCUCUUAGUUGA